ACUUCCUGCUAUGAGUAAUCAUGACAGCAGCUGAAACAGACGAGCUUACUCCACUUCUCUUCUGAUACUUGGACAUCCGCUGCCAUGGAGAUGAAACAUAUUUAAGGAGGCGAGCGGAGAGCCACAAACCCACCUGGAGCCCCAACAAGUCUGUGGUCUGCGCCAUGGACCAGCACGCCAAAGUGGAGCGCUUCCUGAAGCUGGGCUACUCCCUGCAGGACAUAGUGAGGGUGCUGGAGAGCCUCCACCAUGACGCCCAGACCAAUGACAUCCUGGAAGAACUCAUCAAGACCUGCCACAUUCGCCAUGACAAGGGAGGCGCUAAACUGGUCCCCAGAGGCUGCGGCCCCCGGCCCCCUAGACCUGUACCGGACAAGGAGCCUGCUUCCUGUUUCAGACCGGUGGUUAUAGAUGGAAGCAACGUGGCCAUGAGCCAUGGCGACAAGAAGGUGUUCUCCUGUCAGGGCAUUCAGAUGGCCGUGAAGUGGUUCUGGGAUAAAGGGCUCCGAAACAUCACCGUGUUCAUCCCCCUGUGGAGGAAGGAGCAGCCGCGGCCUGAGGCCCCCAUUGCAGACCAACACAUCCUGCAUGAGCUGGAGAGGAGGAACAUCCUGGUGUACACACCCUCACGCUGUGUCAACGGCAAGAGGGUGGUGUGCUACGACGACCGCUUCAUCGUCAGGUUGGCCUUCGACUCGGACGGCAUCAUCGUGUCCAACGACAACUACCGGGACCUGCAGACUGAGAACCCGCACUGGAAGAAGUUCAUCGAGGAGAGGCUGCUGAUGUACACCUUUGUUAGUGACAAGUUCAUGCCUCCAGAUGAUCCUUUGGGUCGAAAUGGUCCCACUCUUGAUGAUUUCCUGCUGAAAAAGCCAAAGAAUCUGGACAACAAACUGCAACAUUGUCCUUACGGUUACAAGUGCACUUAUGGAGUCAAGUGCAAGUUCUACCACCCAGAAAGAACCAACCAGUCCCAGCUGUCUGUGGCCGACGAGCUCCGGGCGCAGAUUGACAGAGCCAAGACCUCAAGCCUGAAAGAGAUGGACUCGCACCUCAGCCCUGGUGCGUACCAGUCUGAGCGCACGUCCAGCGCCCCCACAGACCUCUACCACAGAGACCACCUGGGGCAGCCUGGCACAAACCUGGAGGUGGACGAGGCCUUCGGCUCCAUGGAAAGCUCCAUGUCCAAGGUCCACAUCCACAGCUACAGCAGCGGUGUGGCCAGCUACCUGAGCCAGGACUCCUUGCCAGGGUCUCACUACUACACCCCAGCUGGCCAGGACUCCCUCCCGGGGUCUCACUACUACACCCCCCUGGUCUACGGCUCUGUGUGCACCUGCUGCAUGGGUGUAGGCCAGCAGGCCAGGGGGUCCCAUGGCCACCCUGCAUGGUCCUCCUGUCCCCCCCUGACCCCGGACCACGCCUCGCACUUGGCAGAGGAACCCCAGUCCAGGCAGACCAAGUCCAGCCACAGCUUGCCCAGAGACUCUCAGGUCCACGGGAAGAACAAGGAGCAGCGCGGGGAGAUGAGGAGCAAGCUGAGCACGCUCUUCCCCAAGGAGACUGUGGACCGAGUCAUGGACGCAUACCCUCAUGUAUCGGACUUGUUUGAACUCAUAUCACUCAUCAGGAACAACAUCUGAAUCUAGUCCCUCCACCAAGUCCUGCUGUCACA